CGUAAGAAAGAAAGGAACAUGGAAGGGACUGAGAGCGGGUUGCUGGAAUGCGCGCCGAUUUGCCGCCGCAGAUAGUGCUGGGAGGCCGAGUCGCUCGCUACACCUGCGCUCGCCGGAACCAAUGUGCCACGAUUUUCCCAAUCAAGUGCUGUGGAUUUUGAGUUUAAACUGUGGACCUACGACAGGAUCUUCUGGAGGGGAAUUCAUCACCCAAGUCUGAGCCGAAAGGAAUGGGCAACUCGUUGAUCGUCGGGGUCGUCCACUGAGCAUGACCCCGGAAAAUGCCAGCUGGGCCGGUCUGGCGGCGGGGUCGCCGCUGGUGCUGGUGGGUCUUAGCUGGGCCGUGCUGAUCCUGCACGCGCACCGGCCCCUGUGGCGCGCCGUCGACGUCUUCCUGGCCGCGCUGCUGGGCCAGGGCUGCGUCAGGCAAUUGUUGAUUCUGUACGUGGCGCUGCUGCAGCUGCUGGGGGCGCCGCGGGCCGCCAGCGGCGUCGCCUGCUCCACGGCCGUGUGGGCUGUGACGGCGCUGCACGCUCUGCACGCCGCCACCCUGGCGUCGCUGGUGCUGGACCGCGCCCUGAGCGUCCGCUGGCCCAGCAGGUACCGCCGCCACCCUCGCAGGGACCACGUGCGUUACCACGUGUGCGUCCUGGCGGUCAUCGCGGGCUUCGUCGGCCUGGCGGCCAUGUUCGCGCGGCCGGCGUUCACCAACUUCCGCGGAGACGCGUGCGCCUUCCUGCCGCACCAGCUGGAGCCGCGUUUCGCCCUGUUUUCGGCGUCGCUUCACGGCGUCCUGGCGGUGGCCACAGUCGUCGGCGCCUUGGUCGUCGAAAUCCGCCGCCACAGCCGCCUGCAGCGCUCCACCUCGGACCUGCGCGUCCUGGCCCAGUCCGACACGGGCACCGCCUCCACGCAGUCGGGCCGUUCGGACGCGCGUCAGCCCUUCGGCGGCCCCAAUACUGGCGAGACGCUGCACCGCUUCAACAGCGACACCGAGGGCAGCAUGCUGAGCAAGAUGUACGGCAGCUCGUUGCUGCUGACGCCGCCGUGCCACGCGUGGCCCAACCGCACCACCUCGCUCCCGGAGAGACUGCGUUGGUCAACGGUGCUGUCCGUCCUUGCGCUCUGCUAUCUCGUGCAUCACCUGCCGCUCUUGGCUAUGACGAUCGUUGGUAGUUGGGAGCCGACGCUGCUGCCACCGUGGCCGUUGGACAGUUUGGCCCUUUGGGCAGGACUCGCCCAAGACUGCCUCUUACCGUUGGUGCUGAUUUUGAGCGACGCCAAUUUCGGCCCUUGGGUGAGGAAAAUUUACCAGAGGCCGGGCACCCAGCUGAAGGUGCCACCACCGUUAUACCCGGGCCUCAUGAGCGACCUGAAGCCCGGCCCAGGACGCUACCUUUCGCCCGAUCCCGUGGACAAGAGGCUUUCCCUUAGCAACGGAUCGCUUUUCCCUGGUGGAUCAGGACCGAUUUUGAAUAAUUACCAGCACGGCAGAGGUGUCACAAGGUACAGCCGUGCAACUUGCAUGGGUCUGGCGGCGCGCGAAAUCCGCGGCUACUUGUCACACGCGAGUGCAGACAACCUAAAUAGCCUGGUUGCCGGCCCGAAACCGGCCGUGGCGUCCAACACGUGGGUCCAGCCCGGCCCGACGGUGAUGCCCAACAACGUUAUUAAGGUGCAGAGCAACAACCGCAAAGCCCACAAAGCCACGUCGACGGCGUGCGACUCGGAGAGCGACGCCGACUUCAUCGAGCCGAUCUACGCCAGCCUGAGCGACGAAAUCGGCACCAUGUCCAGUCUGGGGGACGCGGCGUCCCGGUGCUGCAGCGUCACCACUGCAGCUAACAACGACUUCAUUUUCCACAAAGGCCCCACGCAGAAAAAGCAGCACAACCAGCAGCAGCCGCAGCAACAGCAGCAGGCGCCGCCGUCGGAGAGUUCCGAGGAUGAAAUCGAGGUGAAAAAAGUCAACCUGGAGCCGCGAAAGCAUCGAGUCAGGCAACGAUACUACCACAGCAGCCAGUUGAGGGCGUUAGACUCGAGUUCUGAUGAGGAUGUCAAAGUUAAGCAGCUUUCAGACGAGGAGAAUAGUAAGAGGAUCAGCAUUUACAAUGGGAAUAACAAAAAGAGGAAGGCGCACAGAAAAGUCGCCCGCAGGCGGAGUCACGUGAAAAAGCUGCCCUCGUCCUUUUCAAUGAAUGACCUGGACCAAAUCGAGACCGCGGUCGACUCGUCCAACGACCUCGAGGUGGUCUUUGAACUGCCCGUGAAGAGCGAGAGCAUCCUCAGUCUGUACCGUCUGCACUUCGCAGAAAUGAAUUCGCCAGUUUUGAACAAGCGAGAGAGUUUCAACCGCAAGUCUUCCUUCAGCCACCGAAGCCCUGUGCCUGUGAAGAGGUCUUACAGCAACAGGCAACAAGUGCCAGCAGACAAGCAGCCGCUCGGCACCGUGCUGUCCAUGGACAGCUUGCACUCGGCGCUGACCAGAAACUUCUCGUAUCUGGACAGCGGAGAGCUGUGCCGACACGGCAAAAUGUCACAUCCAGACUUGCAGCGCACUUUUGUGUCCGACUACAUCUAGAGUCUUGAAAAGACAAGUCCAGUUGUUGCAUUCUUGCUCAAUUAAUACGUAAAUUUUCAAUCAAAAUUUAGUAUCGUUGGGCGGAGAAUCUAUAUUUGAAAUAUCACGGCGCUUUAUUAUUUAUGCCUUGCAAGGAGAGCCCACCUAUUAAUACGAAAAAUUGAUUUUUUUUUCUCACUUCCAUCCAACAGAGUUUGAAGUUAAAUGAAAAUUUGGCACAGCAAUAUUCUCAGUUUAUGAAAUAGACAAAAUAAAGAGGCUUGAUUUUAUGAAAAUUAUAUCAGAAAAUAUUAAUAUAACAUUUCAACUCGCGAUUUUCUUAGAAUCCUUUUUUAUGGAAAAUUUUGAAAAAUCACAAACUUUUACAAAAUAACGGAUUAUUUGAUUCAUCUUGCUGAGCAAAUUAAAAAAAAUAUAAGUUUAUUGAAAUCCAAUCACUUUUCAAGAAAUAAUGGCAGUUUGGAAUUUGUUAAAAAUUUUCCUGAUAUUACAAACCAUAAGUAACCGGAGCCAUUCCUUUGGCAAAUUGUCAAGAACCAUCGAUUUAUAGCGAAAAACCUAAAUUUUUGGAUUAAGAGGUGCGCUCCCCUUGUUAAUAAACCUUUUGCGUGGACACUGAGAAAAUGUAAUUUAAAUUUAGCCCCUACUAAAACAUAAUGAAUCCAAAUGAGCCAAAGAGAGUAUGCCACAUCAAUGAAAUAACUGCAGAAAAUAUAGUGUGUUUGAGGAAAAUAAAGAAAACAUUUAUGGAUGCCAAGUAAAAUAUGUAAAUAUAUUAUUAAGACAUUUGAUGUACUCUUUUUGUGCAGGAAGGCAUUAUAAAUGUUGCCAAUUAAUCAUGUAUAGUAUCGAGUAGUGCAUUAACAUUGUACCUAUUUGAAUAAAAUUUAAUAAGUAUAAACAUAA